AUGCUCGGGUUAUCCGACAUCCUUCUUUGUGGGCGUUGGCUCUGGAUCAAAAGUCCCUGUCUUGCCCAACGCCCCAAGCCAGUGUGGCUCCCUGCCGUCUUCCGGGUCGAGUCAGCCGGGCUGCUGACCCCGGCGCCGCUGGGCGUGUCUCGCUUAAUUAUGUCACCCCCCAGCUGUCAGCGUGUUUUCGCCCCUCUCUCGGGGUUCAUCAGCAGCCCGAAUCCCGAUCGAUUCAUUUCCUUAGUUACCAGAACAGAGUCCCGGAGGAAGGUUGCCAUCCGAGCGAGUAUUCUACAGCAGCAGACUUGCCCACCGCCAGCACCACCACCGUGGCUUCGUCUUCCCGCCGCAGGUCACUCACUGUUCGGCGCGAUCUGGCUGCCUAUGUCCGGCCCUGCCAGCUCCGGCGAUAAGGUUUCGGGGCCCGGUCACAUCUUCACGAGAACGAAAUCGGCCUGCUGCGUGGACAGCAGCCCGACCACGUUGCUCGUUUCCGGCCAACAGCUUGAUCACGGCGCCUCCCCGGCGCGUCGCCAUGCACGCAAGUGCUUACCACCAGCAAGAAUUCCCAUCCCUUCGCUCGCUCGUUCGACGGGGCACGGCCGCACGGGUGCUGGGAGGCGCCGUGCUUACUUACGUGUGCUGCCAUCCAAAGCGCCCGCCCCUCGUCUCAAGACUCCGACGGGAGUUGUUUGGAUGAGUAGUUGCUUCAACGCCGCCGUCGAAAGCAAGCAGAGAGGGAGGGGUCCUCGGACAACAACCACAUGGGUCUUGUCAUCGAUUCAGUUCACAGGCGGGGUACAAGUACAUGCCCCCAAUUAUGGACACUCUGCAAACCCUGCCGCGCGGUCGGUCCCCCUGUGA